AUGGCCUCCUUCCCGUCAUACGCCUCGUUCUACUUUGCGCGCGGCGCCCUGUCGUCAAUCAACCUCAUCGCCUCGUUCGUCAUGUGGAUCAUGUCUCUCGUCAAGCUCCGGACCAACAAGGACCCUGCCCGAACAGCAUUCUUGUGGCAGAGGAUAUCCUUUGGCUUCUUCACUCUAUUCUGUAUCUUCGAUGCUGCCUACUACCUCUGGAUCCCAUUCUACAGAAACUACGGCUAUGGGUCGACCAAUACCAUCAGCACGACCCUCGGUCCCCUUGGCUCACUCUGGUACAAUAUCGCCGACAUCCUGAUCCUCAUGGCCCUCGUGCGCCUCAAUAACGGAAUCUCGAUCGUGGGAGCUAAGCAGCCGACCUCACUACCGAAGAUCCUGAAGAACGUCUCCUGGGGCGCAUUCGGCAUCCUCCUCGCCCUCGCAAUCGCCUUGUUCGCAACGUCGAUAGCUCUCAGGUUUACAUACGUAUAUGGAUAUAGCAUCAAUUUGUACCGUCUUGGGACGGCCUUCUAUGCCCUCAUGUUUGUCAGCAGCGUGUUCGUCCUGGCACAAACCAUCUAUGUGUUCGUUGUUGCUCGCAGCGAAUCCCAUGUUGCUGAGGCCUCGAUAUAUUCCCUCGUUUGCGCCAUUCUGUACUUCAUGCACCAACUGUAUGAGUUGAUCAUUGUUACCACACUCACCAUUGAGGGCUAUUACCUGCCCAUCACCGAAGUCGUCUUCUCGCUCUGGCCCAUGUUCAUCAUCCUCGUCCUCAUUUUCGUCCUGGGGUCCCGGAGGACAAGCCCGCUGUAUUCUAACGGCGCACAGCAGCAGUCAGCAGCCUUCAUGCCCGCGCCGGCCGGCGCCCAGCCAGCCUUUUACACCGUCAAUGGGGUCACCUACGCCGUCCAGCCUCCCGUGAUGCAGCAGGCCUACAUGCCGCCUCAGCAUCCUCCUCAACAAGCCUACAACCCCCAGGGAGCUGCCCCCGAGCAGUAUCAGCAGCCGUACCCUCCGCAGACAUACCAACAGCCUCCCCCCAACCAAGGCAUGUAUGUGGUGCCCCCUGAGUUGUCCGCUCCCAACUCCUACGGACACGCGGGACAGCCACAGCACCAGGCCUACGAAGCGUACAAGGCCGAGGACCACAGCCCAUCUCCUCCAUCGGUGGGCGGCGCUCCUCCACCUCCAGCACCUGCCCGGGUGGCCUAG